AGUUACUUAUAACUCAUUAAUUAAUGGCCUCUGCAAAGAAAGAAGGCUGGAUGAAGCAAAUAAAUUGUUAGAGUUGAUGAUUGAGAGAGGUCAACAUUCUGAUGCCAUUACUUAUAAUACAUUAAUUGAAGGCCUUUGCAAAGCAGGAAGGCUGGAAGGAGCAAAUGAACUAAUAAACUUAAUGAUACAAAGAGCUCAGAAUCCUGAUAUAGUCACACUUAUAACACAUUGGCGAAUGCACUUUGCAUUGAGCGGAGGAUGGAGGAAGCAAAUGAAUUGUUAGAGUUAAUGGUUCAGAUGAGAGAGGUCAAUAUCCUGAUACAGUUAUUUAUAAUACAUUAAUGGGUGGGCUGUGCAAAAAUGGGCAAGUGGAGAAGGCAUAUGAUUCAUUAGGUGAAAUGGAGGAGAAAGGUUGUCCUCCAAAUGUGGUCAGUUUUAAUACACUGAUUUCUUAUUUCUCCCAAAUCAAUGAGACUGCCAAGGUUGUGGAACUUCUUCAGAAAAUGGCCAAGAAAGAACUUUUUCUUGAUACAAUUACUUGUUCCGUUAUCUUAGAGCUCUUAAAGUUGGGGGAUGAAACAUGCCAAGAGCUUCUGAGCUUGAUUCCAAUGUUCCCUGCCUAAGUGCUGCAGGUUACAUGCCAGUUUGAAUGUGUGAAAGAUCAGUGGCUUCCAAUUAUUUCGCAACAUCCAGGUGCAUUAACUUUGAAUUGUUUUUGUAUAUUUCUUUUGUGGAAACUAUUAUUGUUAAAUAAGACUAGCCACUGGGAUUUGUACUUCCUAUCACUGUAAAUAUGAUUACUUUAUUGGUAGUGAAAGGUUUUGGCAUUCUCUGUAUUCUCUUUUCUUCCUAGUAUUUAGAUCAAAUAGUUGAUCUAAUUCAUUUCUGUCACAAGUUGAAACUCUCAAACACUGGUAUGUCAGCUUCUAUGAUUAGAGUUGGCUUGGAAUGAAACUGGAUCUAAGAAAUGACUUAAUAGGAA